AUGACUUCAGGUCCUACCUGGCGCACAGCCGUGGGGCUGGCUGCGGCCUUCCUUUCCCCUCUGACGGCCGCUGUCGAUGCGUCCGGCAUUUGCGCCAAACUGGAGGCCCAGAAUAUCAACGUCGAAAAGCCUCUCUCCCCGGCCUACACCAAAGAGUCGUACAAGUACUGGUCUGGCGCGUGCGCGGAUCUGAAGCCGACAUGCAUCGCCAACCCGUCGAGCGCCGACGAGAUGGCCACGAUCAUGAAGGAGCUUCAAGACGUCGAUACCUUGUUUGCUGUCAAGUCGGGCGGCCACAUGCCCAACGACGGCUUCGCCAGUAUCCAGGAUGGGCUUCUCAUCACGACCCGGAAGCUCAACCAGGUCAACUACAAUGAGAAGGACCAGACCGCCGUCAUCGGACCCGGUCUCGCGUGGGAGGAGGCGCAGGAGGCGCUGGACAAGAUCGUGGGCGGUCGCACCGUCGUCGGUGGCCGUCUCGGCGACGUCGGCAUCGGUGGUUACAUGCUGGGCGGCGGGUUGAGUUUCCUGAGCUCGCAGUACGGCUGGGCGGCCAACAACGUGGUCAACAUGGAGGUGGUCCUUGCGAACGGCACCAUCGUCAAUGCCAACAAGCAUGAGAAUGCCGAUCUGUUCAUGGCCCUGAAGGGUGGCGGCAGCAACUUUGGCAUCGUCACCCACUACAAGCUGCAGACCCACCCCAUCGGAAAGGUGUGGGGAGGAAACUACAUCUUCAACUCGGAUCAGACUCCCGAGGUGCUCGAGGCCGUGCGCGACUUCACCGAGAACUACCCCGAUGACAAGGCGGCUAUCAUCGUGACGAUCGAGAAGGCUGCGAUCCUGCACACCUGGAUCAUGUUCCUGUUCUACGACGGGCCCGAGCCUCCUCAGGGUGUGUUUGACCGGUUCAAGGCCAUUGGUCCUACCGACCAGACCAAGACCUGGGACAGCUACUAUGAUCUGCUGAAGCACAAUGACCUUUUCAUUCUGCGGGGUCAACGCUACUCGAUCGCCACGGAGACCACCCCCCUUCCCUCCAAGGACCACCCCGAAGUGUUCCAGACCUACUACGACCACUGGCUCAACGUCACCAGCGACGUGAUCGACGUGCCCGGCGUGAUCGGCUCGCUGGCCUUCCAGCCCUUGCCGCCCGCGAUCACCCAGAAGGCCAAGGACCUGGGCGGUGACAUGUAUGGCUUCUCCACCGACGUCCCCUACAUCAUCAUCGAGCUCGACUACUCCUGGAGCGUCUCCGCCAGCGACGGCAGAAUCGACGCGGCGCUCAAGACCCUUUACAGCGGCAUGGACCACCACAUCUCCAAGUUCCAGGAGCAGAAGGUCGUGCCCGACGCGUACCGACCGCUUUUCCUGAACGACGCCCACUCGUCGCAGGACUUCUGGGGCCGCAUCAAGUCGCACGACGAGGGACUCAAGACUUCCAAGAAGUACGACCCGGAGCGGUUCUUCCAGAAGCGGACGAGCGGCGGAUUCCGUCUGCACUAG